CGGGGGAUGGCGGCAGCUGCGGCGCGAGGAGGGGAGGCGGGAUUGGCGGCGUGAGGGACGGCCCUGCCCGGCUCUGCCCGCAGGCCGCAGCGAGCCGGGCCGCACCAUGGGCAGCGCCGACUCCAAGCUCAACUUCAGGAAGGCGGUGAUCCAGCUCACUACCAAGACCCAGCCUGUGGAGGCAACGGAUGAUGCUUUUUGGGACCAGUUCUGGGCAGACACAGCCACUUCAGUGCAGGAUGUCUUUGCUCUUGUACCUGCUGCAGAGAUCCGAGCAGUGAGAGAAGAAUCCCCUUCAAACUUGGCAACUUUGUGUUAUAAGGCUGUGGAGAAGCUGGUGCAGGGAGCGGAGAGCGGCUGCCACACGGAGAAGGAGAGGCAAAUCGUCUUGAACUGCUGCCGGCUCCUCACCCGUAUCCUGCCUUACAUCUUUGAGGACCCAGACUGGAGAGGUUUCUUCUGGUCAACUGUUCCUGGGGCUGGCCGAGGAGGGGGAGAUGAGGAUGAUGAAAAUGCCCGUCCCCUGGCUGAGUCGCUGCUCCUGGCUGUGGCAGAUCUGCUCUUCUGUCCCGAUUUCACUGUGCAGAGCCACCGGAGGAGCACGGUGGACACAGCAGAAGAUAUCCACUCCAUUGACAGCUGUGAGUACAUCUGGGAGGCAGGAGUGGGCUUUGCUCAUUCUCCACAGCCUAACUACAUCCAUGACUUGAAUAGGACAGAGCUGCUUAAGCUGUUGCUGACCUGUUUCUCUGAGGCCAUGUAUCUGCCUCCCUCCUCAGACAGCAGCAAUGCCAAUCCCUGGGUGCAGUUCUUCUGCUCUACAGAGAACAGACACGCGCUCCCGCUCUUCACCUCCCUGCUGAACGUCGUCUGUGCCUACGACCCUGUGGGUUAUGGGAUUCCCUACAAUCACCUCCUCUUCUCUGACUACCGUGAGCCACUGGUGGAGGAGGCAGCCCAGGUGCUGAUUGUCACUUUGGAUUAUGACAGCUCCACCAGUUCAAGUCCCACUGUGGAUGGCACAACCACUGGCACAGCCAUGGAUGAUGUGGAUCCUCCAGGACCAGACAAUCUGUUUGUGAAUUAUCUCUCAAGAAUACACCGAGAGGAGGAUUUCCAGUUCAUCCUGAAAGGAGUGGCCCGUUUGUUAUCCAACCCGCUGGUCCAGACCUACCUGCCAAACUCUGCCAAGAAGAUCCAAUUCCAUCAGGAACUCCUUGUCCUCUUCUGGAAACUCUGUGACUUCAACAAGAAAUUCCUCUUCUUUGUGCUGAAGAGCAGUGAUGUUCUGGACAUCCUUGUCCCAAUCUUGUAUUUUCUCAAUGAUGCCAGAGCAGAUCAAUCACGAGUGGGUUUGAUGCACAUUGGGGUGUUCAUCCUCCUGCUUCUCAGUGGGGAGCGGAACUUCGGGGUUCGACUGAACAAGCCGUAUUCUGUCCGAGUGCCUAUGGACAUCCCUGUCUUCACAGGGACACAUGCAGAUCUGCUCAUCAUAGUGUUUCACAAGAUCAUAACCAGCGGGCACCAGCGGCUGCAGCCCCUCUUUGACUGCCUGCUCACCAUCGUUGUGAAUGUGUCUCCAUACCUGAAGUCUCUCUCCAUGGUGGCUGCUAACAAGUUACUGCAUCUCCUGGAGGCUUUUUCCACCACCUGGUUUCUGUUCUCUGCUAUCCAGAACCACCAUCUCGUUUUCUUCUUGCUGGAAGUUUUCAACAACAUCAUUCAGUACCAGUUUGAUGGGAACUCCAAUUUGGUGUACGCUGUCAUCCGCAAGCGGAACGUGUUUCACCAGCUGGCCAACCUGCCCACGGACUCGCAGGCCAUCCAGAAGGGGCUGCAGCGCAAGAAGAAAACUCCGGAGCCCAUUUCUCGCACCAACUCCCAGGACGGGGUCUCCAUGGAAGGGUCACGUCCCGCUGCCCCUGCUGAGCCAGGGACGCUGAAGACGAGUUUGGUGGCUACUCCAGGAAUCGACAAGCUCACGGAGAAGUCACAGGUGUCAGAGGAUGGGACCAUGCGCUCGCUGGAGCCUGAAGCCUCACAGCCCCCAUCAGAGGGGAGCCCUCCCUCAGCUGUGAGCGAUGGGGAGCCCUGGAGCGGGGAGACAUCACAUCCCCGACGGGAUCGAAGGCGCCUCUCGAGUGCAUCCUCCAGUGGACAGUGGGCCCCAACUCCUGAGUGGGUGAUGUCCUGGAAGUCAAAGCUGCCCCUGCAGACAAUCAUGAGGCUCUUACAGGUGCUGGUCCCUCAGGUGGAGAAAAUCUGCAUUGACAAGGGUCUCACUGAUGAAUCAGAGAUCCUCAAGUUCUUGCAGCAUGGCACACUGGUGGGGCUGCUCCCAGUGCCUCACCCCAUCCUCAUCCGCAAGUACCAGGCGAACUCGGGCACUGCCAUGUGGUUCCGGACCUACAUGUGGGGAGUUAUUUAUUUGAGGAAUGUGGAUCCCCCCAUCUGGUAUGACACAGAUGUGAAGCUGUUUGAAAUUCAGCGGGUCUAAGAGAGCACUUACCUCUACUAAGAGAAAUACACUGGAUCUAAGGACUGCUGUGUGCUGCUUCAUCACAGCUAUUCCUGCAUUUCCCAUCCAGCUGAGAGACCAAAAGGACAAUCACUUCAUUUACCUCCCUGUCAUUUAAAGCUUUAAUUGGGACCUGCUUGGACAUCCCUCUCCUCAGCUCACUUCUCUUCCCUCACCCUUCACCGUGAACCUUGAGUGAAAGAUGUCUAAGGGAUUGUCCAUUGUUGUGGUUGCACUAGAAAUCAGACCAUUCUUAGCUCUUCUGUUACUCUUUUGCUCCUGGAUGUGGUUUGGAAACCAAUCUGUCCCUGUCCUUGCCCUGGCCAGAGUCAGCAUUUAACUGAAAAACACUAGUUGUGAAAUGGGUGCAAGGGAGAAGCUGCUAUUCCUGCAGGAGAUGGGGUUUGGAAACUGCAGUUACUUUCAUGUAGCUCCAUCAAGUUUCCAGGGCAUCCCUUCUGGCUGCAGAUAUCUCCCUGGUCUCAGUUGCCAGUUGGUAGGGAAGUCUGUUCCAUCCAAAUGAAGGAGAAGUUGCUGAAGGAAAGCUUUUUGUCUCAGUUCUGAAUCUCUCUGCUCCUUUCCCAGAGGGCUGCUUAAGAAGUUUUGCAGUAGCCAGUGCUUUGGUGUGCCAUAAGUUCUUCCUUGGCUUCCAGGCCCAGCAGCCUGUCCUUCAUGGUGGGCUGUUGCAGUGGAGUGUGUGUUACUCUAAAAAGCCUAAUCCAUGUGAGCACACAGGGAGGGACUGGCUCACAGCAAGAAGAAACCUGACUGAAACUCUUUUAGUCUUCUCCCAUUGACUGAAAGGACAGUGUCACCUGGGUUUGAAGGGAACCAUAUCCUUCCAUCCUUGCCUGGCAGGCUGAUGCAAUGCAGGGAGCACACUUUUGCAGGCUGCUGUCUAAGGCAAGGGAUUGAGGGAGGCACUCAGGGAAGUUGUAGGAGGAAUUUGGAAGUUGUAGGAGGAAAAGCAUCUCCAUGUCAGUAGGGAAUGGAGAGAGCUGAGGCAAAGUUCAGUUCUGCAGGGCAUUUUGUUAGAGACCAAGUUAUCAGAUCUUGAAUGUAUUGGGUCCCAGUCCUGUGAAGUCUGGGAAGGCAGAAUUAGAGGUGGAGGGAGCCCUGCUGCUGCUGGCUUGGGUCAGAAGCGUGGGGUUGCACUUGGGUAGAGGGAGAGGUGGAGACAUCCUGGGGUUAGAGUCAAAUGUUGUGUUCUCCUGGGGAGGGGCUUGGCUUUAGCCAAUGAAAUGUGAGGAGUCCUGUCACAAACUCAGACCUUUCCCUCUCCACUAAAGCUUAGUCCUUGGUGCUCUGGUAUUCAGGCUCUUACAGGGAUCACUGCCCAUGAACUGUUUGUCCCAUCUUAAAACCAGUGAGGUGACUCUGUGGAAGCUGGUCCCUUGUGUUGAAGUAAGGGGACACUUAUGGCACACACUCUGUGCCUUGUAACCCUUGCCUAAGUUUUGAAGCUAGAGUGAUUACAACAUGACCAUCCUCUCCUAGAGAGAGUGCUGCUCUCGUGUCCUGCUGGGUUGACUUCAGGUGAUUUCCUCCUUUGGGCACUGAGAGGUGACCUGGAGUCCCAGGCCAAGCUGAAAUAAAACCUGGGUGGUUUUCUGAAGGAUAAAAACACACGAAGCAGGUCAUUCCCCCACUCACCGCCCAGCUCCAACCCACUCUGCCAUCUGGCGCUACUCCCAUCCCGACCCCAUCUCUCCUCAGAUCCAAACAGGGUGAGGUCUCUGUUUUACUUGGAAUCUCUCUCAUAUAUUUAAGAAUGUUUGUGGUGGGGCCAAGCUCUGAUUGUGUGGCACUUGCACCUCCCAGCUGGAACGGGGCAUCCUGUGUCCCACGUGCUUGCCUCUUCCCUCCCGUGAGUCUGCCGGUUCUCACAGUCUCUUCCAUCCUCCCUUUUCUGCUUUGUUUCUUUGUGAGUUCCUCUGGAAACCUUUUUGUUUCUUUCUUGGUGUUUGGAGUCUGAUCCUUGUUCUGUGGAAAUCAACUUGCACUGUAAACUAUUUGCUUACUUACAGAGAGAAAGAUAAAGAUUAUCUGAAA